GACCCAGUGAAAAAAUGCAGAAAUCGGCCGAAAAUAACAAAUACUAGUGACAGUUAAAAAGUUAAAAAGUGACAGAAUUCAAACACAAGGAAAAUUUAUAACAUAGUAAUAAAUCGUAAUAGGAAAUAUCUCCAAACGGAGUUUUCUAAGAGGGUGAGAUGUUCUUUAAUAAGUCCUCAUGAUUAAAUGAGAAGUUACCUAGAGGUACUUAUAAAUUAACCGGACUGCUAGCGAGGAUUUCUAAGAGGGUGAGAUGUUCUUUAAUAAGUCCUCAUGAUUAAAUGAGAAGUAACCUAAAGGUACUAAAUUAACCGGACUGCUAGCGAGGAUUUCUAAGAGGGUGAGAUGUUCUUUAAUAAGUCCUCAUGAUUAAAUGAGAAGUUACAUAGAGGUACUAAAUUAACCGGACUGCUAGCGAGGAUUGACCAGCAAACCAAUUUGACGCUCGUAAUAAUUGACUCAAACUCUUUUCUACAGCAUAUAUAUUCUGAAGUCCACAUUUUUUGGCAGCUAUUUGACCUUAGGAAUAACAGAUAAGCCGGAGAUAGCAAUUAUUUGACAAUAUUUUAUUGCUAUGAACCUUCCGACUCUAGACCAAGUCGCGCGAUGGGCAGUGUUUCGAGUUUGGCGUGUGCACGUGGACGCCGCGGUUACCAUGGGGAUGUUGGCUGCAAUGUAUGCGCGGUACGCGUGCACGCUCAUUUAUUUAUCUUUCACUUCCAAUUGCUCUUUAACUUAUAAAAAACAAUGGUCGACUUAAAUACAAGUGCAGCAGUGCUCACAGGAAAUGAGAUCAAUCAGUUAUCUGCAGCUGUGAUUCUUCUAGGAGUAUUGGUAUUGGCUCUAGGAUUCCUCGUCAUCGGACUUCACAUUCGUACAGUGAACAAAAUUUCGAAGGUCUUCGACGAAAUUGACUUGGAAGGGGGACUACAAGUUCCUAAAGAAAAGCCACCACAACAAGGCCCCUUACAACAGGGAUUGCCAGACUCAAGGUUUCCUGCUUCAAGGACUCUCGACAGCACUAGCAGGUCAAAAAUAUGGAAGACGAGAACGGAAAGGGAUAGAUCAGCGCGUUCAAAGGUAGGUUUGGGUGCCCGCAAACACAAAUACGUGUCUUCGAGUAUCUUCCCAGAUGAACUCGUUUUCAUCUCCGAGAGUGAAGAUUCCAUACGGGUGAAGAAAUUCAUAAUGGUGGGUAGAGAAGUCGUCAAAAAAGAAGUGCCUCCAAAAGGGGAGGAUGGAAUAAACUCCUGUGGAAACAAUGAAGUUGAGAAGAAAACUGACAAAGGGGAUCAAAGUGUCUCUGAAUAUUUAACAUCAAAUGAAUCAGAAAGCGAACUAAACACCUACCCAAAUGGAGCAGGGACAGUGACAUUUGCUUCAAAUAACACAACAGAGGAGUUACCGAGAAAUCGUAAAUCUAUCUCAGAAAAUAAUCUGCUAAUCAGAGACAAUACAUCUCGCGGAGCUGGCCAGUUCCCGAAACAGCUUGUAACGAGAUCUCGUGACCAGAAUCAGGGGGAUCAGGAUAAUUGCCUUACUGUUUGAAAAGUC